ACGAACGUAUACAACAUGUGAGUUUCGUACUGUGAAAAUAUUUAGAAAAUCAUCAUAAUGAUCAAAACGCCUAUUUAAUAUAUCCACUAUGUCAUUCAAUAAGGUCUAAACCUACAUUUAUAAGUAGGCUAUAAAUGCAGAUUCUCAAUACGAGGGUAUUGAGUGGAUGCAUGAAGACGUUGGUUCGUUCAUUGAACCAUUCCUCCAGAGCCAUGGCGAAAAGCAAGUUCGAGUAUGUCCGUCAGUUCGAGACAGACGACACCUGUCUGCGAAACUGCUACAUUGUUGUACGACUGGAUGGGCGCAACUUUCACAAGUUUUCAGAAAAACACAACUUUGCUAAACCCAAUGACAACCGGGCACUGGGACUGAUGACACGCAGUGCCCAGUCUGUCAUGGAGGAGCUGGAGGACGUUGUCAUCGCCUAUGGACAAAGUGACGAGUUUAGCUUUGUGUUCAAGAGAACCUCCACCUGGUUCAAGAGGAGAGCAAGUAAACUGAUGACCCACGUGGCCUCCCAGUUCUCCUCUUCGUACGUCUUCUACUGGAAGGAGUAUUUUGCCGAGCAGCCCCUUCUCUAUCCCCCCGGGUUCGACGGACGAGUGGUCCUAUAUCCCAGCAACCGCAACCUGAGAGACUACCUCAGCUGGAGACAAGCAGACUGUCACGUAAAUAACUUGUAUAACACAUCGUUUUGGACAUUGAUACAAAAAGGGGGACUUACAACGAUCCAAGCAGAAGAGCGCCUGAAGGGAACAUUAGCUGCGGACAAGAAUGAGAUCCUGUUCUCUGACUUCGGCAUCAACUACAACAACGAGCCGAUGCUGCUCCGAAAAGGGACCACCCUGAUCUGGGAGAAGCGAGACGAGGCGGUGACCAAAAUGGUGAAGCUCCCCAACGAAGAGGAGCGGAAGGAGGUAACGGUGACCCGAGGCAGGAAGAGGGUGUGCCCCCACCACUGUGACGUCAUCGGGGACCAGUUCUGGGAGGAGCACCCGGACAUUCUGGAAAGAGACGACUGUUGAACCUAACCGCCCGACGUGGGAGAAUAUGACUCCAGGGUUCUAAACGAGAUGGACUUGAUGUGCCCCUGGACUAACGGGAGUCAAGUGACUCGGCAAAUCAUGUAUUGCAUCUCCUAAUGUGGCAAGUUCACAAAGCAUCGAAUGGCGAAUGUUUCAUGAUGAGGUUACGCUAGUUUUAUUUAUGAUGUUCAUCCUUCCCAUGACAUUUAUUUAAUAAACGGUUUUGUUAUAAUAAGCCAUUUCCAGGCUUAUUUUUAACAUUUCAUUUUU